AUUGAAAAUAACAUUGAAGGAAGAUAUACUUACGACCAAUACAUUAUUCUUGCUUUUUAGCAAUUUUUCCAACAAUUUUCGGAUGCACACACUCACUUUGAGGAAUUGUUCCUCCCCUCAGCCUUCUCGAUUUACUGCUUGGGAUGUAUCAUCGAAUAACACAUAUAUAUGAUAAUAAUAAUAGAUCGAACGAUCGACGAAUAAUAGAUACGGAGUUUUUCACGAAUCAGUCAAAGAAAGAGAGAAUCUUGGAUUUGAAGAAAAGGAAGUAAAGAAGACGAAUGGUAAAUUAACGAUCUCAAAGAUUUCUCAAGGAUUACGAAUUUGAAUUUUAAACGCGAAUAGAAAACGUGAAUUGUAUUCAUUCACGUAAGAGUGGUUAUCGUUAAUUACAAGAAGGAUCGAGAUGGCUGAAAGAAGAGAACUGUUAACAUGUCGGGACGUGCUUUGGUACCUCGUUUUUUGUGGUUUCGCCAUCAAUUAUAUGUUGAGAUUAAACUUGCAUCUGACAAUUGUGUCAAUGGUAAUACCUCCUGAAGCACCCGGAAAUAAUGAUGUGACCGCAACUUCGAAUAUUUCAAUUUUGGAAUAUAAAGAUAGAUUUGCAUGGAACGAAAACGAACAGAAUUUAGCUUUGGGAUCUUACUUCUGGUUACAUUGGACAACGCAAAUUCCUGGUGGAUUUUUAGCAAGAAAAUACGGUACGAAAAUUGUUUUUGGAAUGGGAAAUUUGUUACCAGCGAUUAUUGGCUUCAUCAUCCCGAUUGCAACAUAUCAGCUUUACGUUCUUGUGAUUUUACGAAUUCUUCAAGGUUUUUUCGCAGGUGUUGUGUGGCCUUCUAUGCACAAUAUGACUGCCAAAUGGAUUCCUCCAAAUGAGAGAAGUAGAUUUGUUAGUUCUUAUUUGGGUGGUUCUGUAGGUGCUGCUAUCACUUAUCCACUUUGCGCAAUAAUUAUUAAAGGACUCAAUUGGGGUGCUACUUUUCACAUAACAUCGUUAAUCGGUGUCAUUUGGUAUUGCUUCUGGUACUUCUUCGCGUUUGACACACCUCAGCAACAUCCUCGAAUAUCCGACGAAGAGAAAAAAUAUAUUUUAGACAGCAUUGCCGAUUCGGUUGAUGAAGAGGUAAAAAAAGUACCUUGGAAGUCUAUAUUAACAUCGAUUCCAGUUUGGGUUGUAAUAAUUUCACAAACGGGUGGAGGAUGGGCUCUCUUCACUUUGUUAACGCACGUUCCAACUUACUUCAGCGUCAUUCAUGGAUGGAAUAUUACCAUGACUGGUAUUAUUUCUGGAGCCCCACAUUUGUUGAGAAUGCUUUUCUCAUAUUAUUAUUCAGUCUUCAGUGAUUGGCUCAUAACUAAUAAGAAAAUGAGCGUAACUAAUACUAGAAAAUUGGCUGUAUUUGUAUCUCUUGGAAUGCAAGGUAUUUUUGUCUGCCUAUUAAGUUUUUGCGGAUAUUAUCCAAUACUUGCAGCGAUUUUCAUGACAUCCGGAGUAACUGUAAACGGUGCACUUUCCGCUGGUACUUUAGCAACCCUCGUGGACUUAAGUCCAAAUUUUGCUAGUAUUAAUCUUGGUUUUUCUGGGAUGAUAGUAUUGAGCCUUGCAUUUGUUCCACCAAUUGUAACCGGUUUUUUGACAGUCGAUAAACAAACCGCAUUGCAAUGGCAAAAAGUUUUUCUUAUAAGUGGUGGUGCUUCCGUGCUUGGGACCAUUGUAUUUUUAAUAUUUGGAACGGCAGAGGAGCAACCUUGGAAUAAAUAUGGUAAGUCAACCAAAAAGAACGAUCACGAAAUGCAGAAAUUGAUAGCAAUGCCGAUUAUAAAAUAUGAAGAUGAAAAUAUCGUGAAAGAUGAAAAAAUUAUAGAUAAAUAAUAAGAAAUAGAAAUAUAUAUAAACAAAAAAAAAACGAAUAAAAUAAAAUAAAAUAUAUUUGAUUAAUAACGUUUACCUCAAUUUUACAGUUGAUUGAAAGAAUUUUUAUCAGAAGAAAAAUCUGAAGAUGAAAAGAAAAUAUAUUGUUUAAAAAUUUUUAAUAUAAUAUAAAAAUUUCAUAUUUUUCAAUUUUUAAAUUUUUAAAUUUUUAAAAGUUAAAAAUAAAAUAAAAAUAUCCUCUAUUGAGUAAUAAAUUAUAUUGUUUUUUUUCAAUUUAGAAUUAUUUAGAAUUAUAAUGAAAUUAUAAUUCAUCAUCAAAUAAAUAAGAAAAUAUAUAGUAUUUUAUAUUUUAUUUAGAUAAAUUUAUGUCGUCAUUAAAUAUGAAACAAUAAUUAUUUAUGUACUUUAAUGGAAUUACAUCAAGUAAUAUAGAAAUAUGUUAUUUCGAAAAAUUGAUAUUUUAUUAUUGACAUAAAAGUUAUACAUUGCACAUAAAUCGAAAUCUUUAAUAUAAAAAUUAGAUUAAAAUAUGUAAGAACAAAAGAAAAAGAUAAAUAACGAUCAAUAAUAUAAAAUAAUUGUUGAAUAUACAAUAUAAAAUAAUUUUCUAUUUUAUUAAACGACAAAAUUCAUAAAAUUAUUACAUUUAUUAUCUGAUCUAUAUAUCUAAUUAAAUACAGAUACAAGUAAAAAAAAUAGAAGAAAUUCUAUUUUAAUAAAUAUAAAUAAUUAAAAUGAACCUAGAAUUAAAUUCUUCUAAAAUUCUCAUUAUCAUAUUCAAAUUAAAUGAAAUUAAUUUAAUUCUAAGUGUUUUAAAUAUUAUAAUUCCAUGAUAAAUUAUUUAAAUUAUUUGAUCAUGGAUUUAUUGUAAUAAAUGCAAAAGCAAUAAUUAUUAAUAUAAAAUAUAUCAUUGAUCACAAAUAUAAAUUAUUAUUCGUCCAUAUUAUCAUUCUAUUCUAAUUCGAUUCUAUAUUAUUAAGAAUUGAGAAUAAAAAAAUCUAUAUAUAGUAUAAUAAAACAAUUAGUCGUUACAAACGAAUUGUUUUCAUUUGUCAAAUUAAAAAUAUUAAAAUCAAUUCUAAUUGAAUUGCGAUAAUUAUAAACCAAUAUUAAUUGGACAUGAGAUAUGGUAAUAAACAUAGGAACAAUGGACCUCUAUUUAUUUAAACGAUUUUACGGCAAUGAAAUACCACAGAGUUCUUACAUGAAACUUAUACAACAAGAAUUUUUCAUUUAUCUAAAUAAAAGUAAUCCUCUAAUUUCAAACAUUACAUAUAUAAAUUUUGCAGUAUUGUAUUGCAAAAAAAUACAAAAUUAUAUAAUAUAUUUAUCAAAUAUUUAUAUAAAUUUUUUCAAAAAAUGAUUUAUCAUCUUUAAUAUAUUUUUCUAUUAUUAUAUAUAAAUAUAAUAAAAUAUCGAAUAAAAAUUUUCUUCUAAAUUAUAUCAAAUAGAAAAAGAAAAUAUUCAUUAUCUCAUUAUAAAGAAUAUCAUUAAUAAAAUUAAAAGUCAAAUAUAUAUUUCAUAUUUGAUAAACAUAUUAUAUAUAUAUAUAUAUAUAUUUAUUCUUGUAAAUUUGUCGUGUUUUAGAGAAAAAAGAUAAUUUAAAUAAACGCAAAAUAUCUCUUAAUAAAUAAAAAUAUUACAAUGACAUUUG